UAUAAAAUUAUCCCGUCUCCAACGUUAAAAGCCUUCUUUUUCCCCAUCUUUUCACCUAACCCUAAUUCUGUGCUCUCCUCUCCUUCAACUUGCGCCCGGCCGUGGCUUUGUCGGCUCGGUUUCUCUUUUUCUUCUCACCAUCUUUCCAUCUCCUUCCUCUCCUUUGAUUGUUAUCAUUUUCGGAAGAUCGUGUCUCUGAUAGUCAGGUUUCUCUCAGACCUAGGGUUUCGGUUGGCUAUCAUAGCUUGAUUGGGUUUGAUUUGUGCGUUGAGGCAUAUGCCUCUGCAAACUACCUCAAUGUUUUCGGAAUUUCUAUGAUCUUCGCCAACCCCAUGCGUCGAUUUCGUUUGCUGCACUCCUUCUCUGUCGUGUUUCUGUACUGGUUCUAUGUUUUCUCAUGAACUGCAUCUCAAUCCCUUGAUCUACACAUUCGGUGUUUGAAUCCUUGUUUUCUUUAGUAUCUUGACAUUAGAUCUCACAGUCCUAUUUCGAUUAAUUAUUAACGACCACCCAUUCGUGUCUGUUAUUCGAUUAAGAAACCCCCUUGUAAGUUAUAGGAGAAUGGCUUCGAAUCACCGUCCAGCCAGUUCAGGAUCUGAUGACCCAAGAUCUGAUGCUAUGGACGAGAGGAAAAGGAAGAGGAUGCAGUCUAACCGUGAAUCUGCGAGGCGAUCGCGGAUGAAGAAGCAGAAGCAACUGGAAGAUCUGACCAAUGAAAUCAGCCGAUUGCAAAGUGCUAACAGUCAGUUAGUUCAGAGCAUUAAGGAAAAGGAGGAUGCAUACAAUGAGAUCGAGUCCAACAACACUGUCCUUAGGGCACAGACUAUGGAGUUGUUCGACCGAUUGCGUUUUCUGAACUCGAUACUUGAGAUCGCUGAAGAGGUCAGCGGGCUCUCUGUUGAGAUCCCCGAGAUACCAGAUCCUCUGCUGAAGCCAUGGCAGCUUCCUUAUCCGAUACAGCCGAUUACUGCUUCUUCAGACUUUGUCCUGCAUUGAUCUGAGGCUUGUUAGUUCGUGCAUUUAGUCAUUUAUCCCUUUCGAGUUGUCUAUUGGCAUGAUGCAUUCUAAUUGUUCUGUUUGUUUCUGAUGAGUCUGUUAGUCUUCCUCUGUUGGGUUUCUUUAGCCAAAUGAUGUUUGGGAGUGCUUUUGUCAUUUUUUAUAUGGUUUCUUGGCGUAGUUUGUAGUUUAAUUGGUACCUUGUUGUCUGGUAUUGUGAAAUGCGUGUGCUUUUUAUGUUAUUAUCUUUGUAUGUUUAGUGCUUAUCAACAAAAAAAUUAUUUGCAUUGA